AUGGCCAACAACAAAUUGUUGUUGGCACGUAGCCAAGACUAUUAUUUACCAUUUACCAAAUUUUCCAUUACCAGACAAGAGACUGCACGUGAUAGGGUUCUGUCGUUUGAAAUUGACCUCGAUCGUCAUGAGAUUAUCGUGUCGAGUGACGAAGGAGAGUAUCUUGAAAUCGGUAUUCCAGAGACUACAUACCACGAGAUUGCCCAAACCAUCCUUUCGAUCGACCAAGAGACCACCAACGUUCGUCCCGACGACUACUUUUGCCAGUCCUCUAAUCCGACCCUAUCCAUGACUCUCACCAUCAAUCCACAUGCACAGAACCAACAUCAUCAACAACAACAAGAGUCUACACAGAACCAACAACAACAACAACAGUCAGUUCAAUGGGACCAUCCACUAUGCUCCAACAAACCACACUUUAUUGAUGCUAUCGAAGCAUUAAUCGAUCAAAUCUAA